ACUGUAAACUCUUCUGAAUGCCAGUAAGUACCGUGAACCGCUAACUGCCGCUAACCGAAGCUCAGUUAGCCUCAAGGUUAUUCAGUUUUUAAAAUAUUCGAUCCAACAUUUACGUUAAAGAACUUAUAAGUCUGAUUUCUACACCAAUUUUUAUACAAUAAUCAAUAACAGAUUUAAAUAAAUAAUACCUACAAAAUGGCAAACUCUGAUAGCCCAUCAUUAAAAGAUCUACCAAAAGUGUCAAUGGAUUUGAAAAGUGAAUUGGAAGGAUUUAAACAUGACUGUAUGAAGAAGGCUGAAACUGCUAUCAAAAAUGUGUUACCUUCUGCUGAAGAUGUACGACAAGAGAGACAACAUUCAGAUUUGUGCCAUGGUGUGGAGACGUUUCAGACAACUACGCUGAAACACGCUGAUACAAAAGAGAAAAUUGUUUUGCCCAAUGCAGGAGAUGUUGCUGCUGAGAAGACGCAGCAAACUCUCAUUGCUGGAAUAGAAAAGUUUGAAUUAGCAAAGUUGAAACAUACUGAAACUCAAGAAAAGAAUCCUCUUCCUGAUAAAACUGCAAUCGAGCAAGAGAAAGGAAAACAGCAAUUUAUUUCUGGUAUUGAGAACUUCGAUCUAGCCAAGUUGAAGCAUGCUGAAACAUUGGAAAAGAAUGUUUUGCCUACCAAAGAGACUAUUGAUGCUGAGAAGAUCAUGGCUUAAAUAUCAUCAUCUGUGUUAAUUCGAGAAAAAAAGAAAUGCCGGUUGUGUGCGAGCAGCAUUUUUAUAUUUAGGAAAAAAAGAGGACAAUGUCGGUGAAUUUUUUUAUAAUUUGUUUAUAAUAUCAGAAGACACACACGUGCAUCAACAAUGUUGGCUACAGACAUAAACAAUUUGGCCAGUAUUUAUUCAAAACAAUUGGUGCAAUUUCUAGACAUGCGUAUUUUCAUAUUUCUAUUCAUAUAUGAGGGCUAUUUAGGAGUUAGAGUAUGUAAUUUUAAUUGAGUAAGAAUGAAUCAAUCGAGUCUAUCAAUAA